GAAAAUGGCGAAAGCGACGGAGAAGCCAAGAAAAUGUUCAUGCGAAAAUCAAUGAAACUAUAAAUCCAGAAAAAGGCCAACCCCCAAUUUUCGAUCUCCCGAAAACGUUAAUUUGGAUUAUUUUACUUUUUUUCUCCACUUGGAAAUCUCUCUUCCUCAUCGGCGAGAGCUCGCCAUCUCGUGCAGGAAGUCUUUACAAAAAAAAAAAUCUUCCGAAGCUCCUUUGCAUGGCGUUUCAUCAUCGGGUCCAUAACUAAAAGCGCUUCGAUUCGUUCUUCUCCUCGGUGUUGUGUUUAUGAAUGUAGCUACCGGAGAAGAUCGCAUGAGAAGUCCGAUCUUUCAUUGACGAAAAAGUUCCAGGCUUUUUUUUUACCAUCGUUCCAAAGGGAAAAUGGAUGAAAACAACGGGGCGAAGUUGAGUGGAAUCAGGCAGAUUGUGAGACUGAAAGAGAUUCUGCAGAAAUGGCAAUCUGUGACAAUAAAGUCGAAGUCUGAUGGCCCGCAAACCGGAGCUAGAAAGCACGGUGGUAUCAUUUCACCGGCGCUAAGCAAAAGGCUGAUGGAUGUGAAAUGUUGUGACUCGGAUGAGGAAACUUGCCAGAGUCCCGAGCCGCCGCUUGAUGUCCCGAAAGGGUAUUUGGCGGUGUAUGUCGGGCUGGAGCUUCGGAGGUUUAUUAUACCGACGAGUUAUCUCAGCCAUUCUCUGUUCAAGGUUUUGCUUGAGAAGGCUGAGGAAGAGUACGGGUUUGAUCACAGCGGCGCCCUCACCAUUCCUUGCGAGGUCGAGACUUUCAAGUAUCUACUUCAGUGCAUGGAGAACCAACACAAAGAUAUCCCCGACGACUGCCCUGCCGAAGAAUCGAUAGGGACGGAGGAGUAAACUUAAUACGAAAACCGGCCAUUAAUUCUUCGAAAUUUGUUUAUCGAUCCUCUUGUUCUUGAUGGAGAUUUGUAGGGCUGAUUUGUAAAUCAGGUUCUCUUUGUAUUUGCCAGGCUUAUAUAUACCUAUCUUUCUUCUUCUCCAUCUCUUUUCAUGGAGAAAAUUAGGGAGAAUUUGUUAGUGUGAAGGAUUUGGUCGUCAAGUGUGUGUUGUGAUAUGCAAAGCCCUUUAACCCUUUUGUA